AUGCCCGUCUAUCUGGACUUUAUCUCCGUAUUCGGAGCGCAAACUGAGCCGCGCGAUCGGCGUUUCAGCGGCUUUCGAGAGCAAACUACGAUGGCGGAUCCUCCGCGUGGGCUUGUCUUUUCUGAAAUUGGUCGAAGUGGGCGACAGUACCAGAUAUGUUACAAUUUGAAGACUGCUGCUUUGAAAUCUGAGCAUAAGGUGGAUAUGAAGCUGAGUGAGUGGUCUAUCCAACCAGCUGCAUUUCACCAUCAGUUCGACAUCGUUAAUGGAAGGACUCUUUGGAUUGUCACCAAAGGCAACCGGGAUCUCCAGGAACGAUACAAGGAGCUGACGGGCAAAGACGGAAGACUUGAGGACAAAUCAUUCGGGACCGUAGAGGAAUGUUUUCGAUCUAGUCUAGCAGCACAUUUGAUGUUUUGUCAUUGGUCAACAGAGAACUGGAGAUGGCUUAUUCUCUGGCUCGAAAAUGUCGUGGAAGAAGAGACAUCUAUGGCAAUCCUCGGGCCCCGAGGACCAGGACACGCACAUCGGCAAUACACCACCCAUGACCUCCAGGGCUUGCAACGACAUGACGACAAGACUAAUGAGGUCAUCGCAGACCUCGAGGCGAAUGUCGAAAUUAUGGCUUUACUGUGCAAAUUUUAUACGGGUUUGAUGAGCAACAAUUCCAUUUCGCAAAGGUUGAAAGAUGCUGUGGAACUCGACAUCAAUGCUUUCACUGCCCAAGUUGAGAACAUGAUCUCAGACUUCAAAAUGCAGAUCGCGCGUGCGACUUUGCUUGUCAAGAUCACCAAGGAUAGAAAAGAGCUGGUGACCAUGCAUCUUCAGAGUCAAGCAUCUGAAAGAAUGGAGAGCCUAAAUCUGAACAUGGAGCAGGAUGCCAUCGUCAUGCGAAUUGUUACAAUCGUGACCCUAAUUUAUCUACCUGCCACAUUUGUCUCCACAUUCUUCAGUACCGAUGUCGUGAAAUACCAGGACCAGGGGGGAGGCCCGCCGAAUGAUGGUGUAUUUUCCAACACAGCAUUGUACAGAUGGCUGCAAGUCACCUUACCGCUCACUACCAUAACCUUAGCGGCUGCAGUUUGGGCUCUGAAAAGGGCACAGAACCAACGAUGGCAGCAGGAGUAUACCAAAGAACAAAAGAAAUGGCCGGUGGGAGAGGAAAAGGACACCGGAAGCAUUGGUCUGCGAAGUGAUACUAACUCUAACAACAUCGUCUGA